AUGAACAAGGCAAACAAGCAGUGGGCUCGACAGACACACGGCACGCACGGCGCGACAAAGCGCGCGCAAGGAGAAGAGUACGCCGUCUUCAUGCGACGCAAUAAGCGAUACGGCUGGGUGAAAGCGAUGGAAGAAAUGGUUGCAGCUCUGCAGGACAACGACGUCGGAACAAUCACGCGACGAGCGCCCGGUUGUAAAGCUCUGCAUACUAAAUGGGUGUACAAAACGAAGGCAACUGCCGAAGGCGAGCUGGAGCGGCUCAAGGCGCGACUCAUGGCCUCAGUGAUGGACCUCUCGACGGUGAAGGUCAUCCUCGCGCUCACUGCCACGUGGGGGGGGGUGCCUUCCAAGCAUGGCGACAUCUCCAACGCAAACGUAAAGGCGAACAAAGAGGCGCACUUGCGAACUUACCUUCAGCUGCCACUCGACAUGAGUGUGUCUAGUGCGACGAUAUGA